AUGCAAUUCUCUGGAGACUAUGAGUAUGGCUGGUGGAAUGAGAACCCGAUCACGAUUCCGAACCUAAGCACGCUUCUGAUCGCAAACCUGAAGACCGAGAAAGACGUUUCUGGCAAAUUGCCGAAAAGACUCAGUGGCUUCAAGAAGCGCUUUGAGCCUCCCGCUGAAGUGCACUUAUAUCAUGCCCCAUCAACAUGGAAGCAGAUGUUCUUCCAGGUCCCCUUCCUUUGGGACCUUGAUAUCAAAGAGAUUCACGAUAAGACUAGUGUAGGAGACUUGGGCGCCCAAAACUGGGAUUGGGAGAAGAUUACAAGACAGGUCGUGGCCCCACCAGAAGUAACACCGCGAUACUUAAUUGGCGGUGGCUGUAGCUACGAAAAUGUUGGCCUCGGUGUCCCCGGUGGCUUCACCAAUCGACGUCGAAUCUGGCAGAUACUUGAGGAAAUGUAUCCUAACGAUGUACGUCACUAG